GCCGGCGGGCGCUGCGCAGCGCGGGCCGCGGUGCAGGCGGGACCCCCGCACCGCCCGGGCACGGGACGCGACCGGAGAGAAAAAAAAACGCGGCGGAAUUAAAGCGGAGCGGCGCCGCGGCGGGGGGCGGGGCUCCGCCCCGGGGCGGGCCGCGCAUGCGCAGCCGCUGACCUUCUUCACGUGUGGCGCGGCGGCCCGGGCACUCGGUGGCGGGAGCGAGCGGCGUCAUGGCAGGAAAAGCAUUCAGGAAGUUUCUUCCCCUCUUUGACCGCGUUCUGGUGGAACGCUGCGCGGCCGAGACAGUCACCAAAGGAGGCAUCAUGAUUCCAGAGAAAGCCCAAGGGAAGGUGCUCCAGGCGACAGUAGUAGCGGUUGGAUCGGGAGCCAGAGGGAAGGAUUUCUACAAUUGGCCUGAUGAGUCCUUUGAAGAAAUGGACAGUACGUUGGCUGUUCAGCAGUAUAUUCAGCAAAACAUAAGGGCAGACUGUUCCAACAUCGACAAGAUCCUCGAGCCUCCGGAAGGGCAGGAUGAAGGUGUUUGGAAGUAUGAACAUUUAAGACAAUUCUGCCUGGAGCUCAAUGGACUGGCUGUCAAGCUUCAGAGCGAAUGUCACCCAGACACAUGUACUCAGAUGACAGCAACUGAACAAUGGAUUUUUCUUUGUGCAGCUCAUAAAACUCCCAAAGAGUGUCCUGCUAUAGACUACACCAGACACACGCUUGAUGGAGCUGCCUGUCUCCUGAAUAGCAAUAAAUAUUUCCCCAGCAGGGUCAGCAUAAAGGAAUCCUCCGUAGCCAAAUUAGGAUCAGUGUGCCGAAGGAUUUACAGAAUAUUUUCACAUGCUUAUUUUCAUCACCGGCAGAUAUUCGAUGAAUACGAGAAUGAAACUUUCUUGUGUCACCGGUUCACUAAGUUUGUGAUGAAGUAUAAUCUGAUGUCCAAGGAUAACCUGAUUGUUCCCAUUUUGGAAGAAGAGGUGCAGAAUUCAGUGUCAGGGGAGAGCGAGGCAUGAUGGGAACAGCAGUUCUGAAUAGAAACAAACAUUAAUUAUGUACUGUAUAUAUCAUUUUAGACACUUCAAUCACGUAUCCUCAUAGCUUUGGUUAGUAUACUUUUUGUAUGCUGUGUGCAUUGCCUUUUAAUAUAGGAAAUACUUUAAGUUAUUCAUGAGCUGUAUAUUCAUCAACGUGGCACUCAUGGUUUUUAAAUAAAAGUAGUAGUAUCUGUUUAUAAUGCCUGUUAAUAAAAGAAUUUACAGUUCUCUAAAGUUGCUGCUAAACAAUCAUUGAAUCACAAUCCUGAAGGUGUGUCUGAUUGGGUGGGCAGAUGUGAGAUGAAGAUUUCACAGCAGUCCAUUUUGAAAUGCAGUAGCGAGGUGAAAUCUCAGCUCAAAGAUUCUCACAUUCAAGAUGGAAUGCUGCAGGAAGCUUCUUGCAAUGUAGCUUAGUCCUAAUUUAGCUUUUAUUUUUUUAAGAUUUACUUUUGGAUGUGCAUAUUCCUGUAUGUGUAUAUCCAAAUACUAACAGCAUCUAUAGUAUUACUAAUACCAAAAGGAUAAUUUCACGAUACCAUUGAACAUAUAUAUUCUCACCAUAUAUCUAACAUCCUUUCUAGACUUGUAUUUUGUGACCAGCAGAGGUGUGUGGAGCAGGGGACGGGUUCUGUCCUGCUGUUCUCCAGCCCACAGGAACAUCAGUGGCUGAUACCUGUGCAUAUUUAUGACAACAGCUUAUGGAUUAUACCUCACCUCAAUAUUCAUCUUACACUACAUAACGCACUCGCACAGUCUUUGUUGUAUUCCUAGUAAAAAUAUUCUAAGUACUUGAAAUUUUGGACCUGAUUCAUCGCAACAGUUAAUCAUAUUUUCAACAUUAGUUUUUCUUCAUUCACCUGAAUUAUAGUCUUUGACAGAAAGAUUGGGAUUGAUGCUUCUGUUCUGUAUCAGAUGUUUAUUUCAGGCUGUGGGUGCAGAUUUGCAAUAACUGACAAUUUCCAUGAGUGCUGCUUAAUCGUGUUGUGUCUAGAAUGAUAGAAUUCAGUGUUUUAGAGGCGAGUAUAGCAGACACACUGCUCAGUGUACGUGAACGCAGGUCUAAAAGGACGAGCAGUGUUCCCGUGUUCAGUUUUGCACAGCUGUUUAAGAAGCUGGCUGCUUGGGUCUCUCUUGAGGUCACCAGGGGCCCUCUUGUAUUUCCGUAAGCAGGUCCGAAUGGGCUCACUCAGCUCGUUUUUGUAACCUACACUUCAUUUUUUAAGUUGGAUUUAGAUGGAAAGAAGGGAGUCCAGCUAUUUUUAAUGAGUAUUUUUUUCAUAAUAUACUAAACAUGCCUUAAAUGCUGUUUUUCUUUCUCUGAAUCAAGCACACCUCAAAAGCAACUGUACCACCUGUAUGCAAGGGGAAUUCAAACAAUGAGAAAAUAAGAGAGUACUUCAACAGCUGUAUUCUUCAGCAGCUCGUUUUGUCUCAUGUUUAUCAUUGUAUUUAAUUGUCAGCAGGGUAAUUGCAUGAGAUGUUGACUUAGUCAAAGUAGCUUUAGUUACCGUCUCUACACUGAGCUGUAACUUGCAGUGUAGAGACCAGGUAACUUGAUUUUUACAGACAUCUUGAAGUGUGUACUGCAGGUAGGAGGCUGGAGGUAGUACAAUGUGUCUAGUUUUGUUCAGGCUGCUGGGCCCAGCUCUGCUGUGUGCUGGGGACAGGCCCGGGGACACACACGCAAACCCACGGAGCUGGUGUUGCUAAGGACGUUUCUUCUGCUAAACUGAAGAAAACGAUGUGGUGCUCAGGACUGCGUUAACAUUUGAAACCUCUUUUCUUCCUCUUACGCUUUAGGAGUUUCUCUUCAAAACAAAACUGGGGAAGUUUUCAUCCUGUCCGUUCUCAUUCACACGUGUACUGUAAAGCUGACUUGCUCUACUAAGCUGAUUUUCUAUAAGACCUACGUGAAAACACUGCUUGUAUUUUUCCCUUGCUAUUGUUUACGAGUACUGUGUACACACAUGUGCCUGAAUGGUACCGUCAAACUUCAGUCAGCCUAAGCAAACCAUUGAUUUGUCUAAUAAAUAUUAACAGGCUUAAUUUAGACUCUAUAUAAUAGGGAAAUCAAGACUGUCUUUGAAUUAUAUUGUAAAAAAAAAAAAAAAGAUAUAAAAUUAAACUGUUUCUUUAUCCAUACCGCUAUAUUUUGGUAAGUGAUUCUCAUUUUUUUUCUGCCCUCAUAAAAAUAAACUGAAAUAGCACUAAA